AUGUCAGCAAAAAACAAACCAGAACUCACAAACCCACCAGAACUCUUCUACGACAGGAAAGAGAGUGGGAAAUACCACAGAAGUAGCAGAAUACAAAAGAUACAGAGAGAAAUAGCAGAAAGAUGUGUUGAAUUGCUCGAAGUGGAAGAAAAAAGUCAUGGACUGAUGGUAUUGGACAUUGGUUGUGGUACAGGAAUUAGCACAGAAUGCGUAACAGGUGCAUUUGAUGACGCAGUGGUUGCUGGAAUGGAUAUCAGCAGUGAAAUGCUGAACUGUGUUGAGGAUGAGAAUGUGGAAUUGUUCUUAGGCGACAUAGGCGAAAAGUGGCCAUUUUCAGAUGGUGUCUUUGACUACGCAAUAUCCUGUUCAGUGAUCCAAUGGCUGUUUCAGUCGUAUAAGAAGCAGGAUAUUCCAGCCAGGAGAAUCAGGGGAUUCUUUAGUGAACUCCAUCGAACAGUGAAAACUAAGGCAGUUUUACAAUUUUAUGCAAGUAGAAAGGAGACUGAGAUUCUGACGAAGGCGGCCAAGAGAGCCGGAUUUGUGGGCGGAUUGCAGGUCGAUGGAGAGGGAACGAGAAACGAGAAGAAGUUUCUGGUGCUCUGGAAAUGA